AUGAAGGGCAAGGAGGAGAAGGAGGGCGGCGCGCGGCUGGGCGCAGCCGGCGGAAGCCCGGAGAAGAGCCCGAGCGCGCAGGAGCUCAAGGAGCAGGGCAACCGGCUCUUCGUGGGCCGCAAGUACCCGGAGGCGGCGGCCUGCUACGGCCGCGCCAUCACCCGGAAUCCCCUGGUGGCAGUGUAUUACACCAACCGGGCACUGUGCUACCUGAAGAUGCAGCAGCACGAGCAGGCCCUGGCGGACUGCCGGCGCGCCUUGGAGCUGGAUGGGCAGUCUGUUAAGGCACACUUUUUCCUGGGGCAGUGCCAGUUGGAGAUGGAGAGCUAUGAUGAGGCCAUUGCCAACUUGCAGCGAGCCUACAACCUGGCCAAGGAGCAGCGACUCAACUUUGGGGACGACAUCCCCAGCGCUCUGCGCAUCGCCAAGAAGAAGCGCUGGAAUAGCAUUGAGGAGCGGCGCAUCCACCAGGAGAAUGAGCUGCACUCCUACCUCACGAGACUCAUUGUGGCCGAGCGUGAGAGGGAGCUGGAAGAAUGUCAGCGGAACCAUGAGGGUGAUGAGGAUGAUGGCCACGUCCGGGCCCAGCAGGCCUGCAUCGAGGCCAAGCACGACAAGUACUUAGCAGACAUGGAUGACCUCUUCUCCCAGGUGGACGAGAAGAGAAAGAAGCGAGACAUCCCGGACUAUCUGUGUGGCAAAAUCAGCUUCGAGCUGAUGCGCGAGCCGUGCAUCACGCCCAGCGGCAUCACCUAUGACCGUAAGGACAUUGAGGAGCACCUGCAGCGUGUGGGCCACUUUGACCCUGUGACCCGGAGCCCUCUGACGCAGGAACAGCUCAUCCCCAACCUGGCCAUGAAAGAGGUCAUCGAUGCGUUCAUCUCUGAGAAUGGCUGGGUGGAGGACUACUGA